AUGAAAAAAUAUUGUGGAUUAUUGAUGUUCGAUAAUGGAUCAAAAGAAGUUGACUCAUACGACAAUUCACAGAAUAAUAAUGAUUCAUUAGAUUCACCAUUCAUUAAUGAAUCACUUGCUGCUGGUGCCGCGGCUGGUGACGAAGAUGGAAGAAAAUCGGCCAAUUCCGAUUCGAAUGCUUCGGAUCCCACAAUAACUGCAAAGCAACCGCCAAGACCACCGAACGCAUUCAUUCUCUACAGGCAAGCAAAACAACCAGCUUUAAUUCAAGCUGAUAAGCAUUUGACUAAUGCACAAGUAUCACGACAAAUGGCUGAUAUGUGGAAAGCUGAACCACCACACGAAAAAUUAAAGUGGGAGAGAAUGGCUGAUCGAAGAAAGUUGGAGCACAUGAAGCAGUAUCCCAAUUAUAUUUACAAACCAAAUAAGAAGAAUAAGGUUGAUAAAACUCGGAAGAACGCUCGUCAAGAAAAGGCAAAGAAAUCUGUCGCCGCUGUUGCUUCCAACAAAUCGAAUGUUCAGCAAAAUAGCAGGAAUAUGGAAUCAUCAAGAACCGGACCAAUUCGAACCAAUUCAAUCAAAACUCAUUUGAAACCGUAUCAAUCCAUAGGCGGUCCAUCGGUAUUUAUUAAUCAUCCGCCGGCGGCGCAAUUUCCAAUUGAAUUUCACGGCAAUUAUCACGACUCUGCUGCAUUGCUGUAUACGCAACAACAGCAACAACAAUAUAAUCCGAUUCCUAUAACACCACCAAAUUCGAUCCCUUCAAUGUUGCGAACAGAGAAAAUACCAAAUUAUUAUCAACCACCUACAAACACAACUCCCAUCGACUUAUACGAAGGAAGAUCAAAUAUCGAGUAUUAUUUACAUAAUGGUCCAUCUACACCGUCCACUUCGAAUUCUUCGGUGACAAAUUCCCCAAUCACUAAUCAUCCAGUGGCAUCCAAUCAUUACUUUCAACCUGAGCACGAUAUUUCCUAUGUUGCUUUACUUCAGAAUGAUUAUCAAUUUUAUAACGGUUCUGAGAAUCAUCCUUCUCAUACCGCAACUGCUGGUCAUUACCUUCAAUAA